AUCCGCGAUUCCAAAGCCCAAGCCCAUGACUAAAACGACACCAGGCUCGCCGUCAUCAACCACUGCAGCCUGCGGUACUUGAGAUGCAGUAUCCGCGAUUCGAUCCGCGACUACUUUUGAGAAGUUGAAGUUGAAUGACCCGAAUCUUCAUGCUUGGGUGCAGAAGAGGACGAGGACGAUUCCUGAAUCGAGGAUGAAGCUCAAGCAGUUGGAAGCUCUCCUCGGUGAUCUCCAACAGUUCUCCUCUCCUAAGGUGGAACUGGAGCAAUACCCAACUGGAUCUCAUAUCGCCUCUCGAAUGCUAUAUACUGCGGAGAAUUCAUUUGGGGAUGUGAGUGACAAGGUAGUAGCAGAUUUCGGUUGUGGUUGUGGUACACUAGGUGUUGCAGCUUCUCUCCUGGAUGCAAAACAUGUUAUUGGCGUCGAUAUCGAUCCCCAAUCCUUGGAAAUUGCAUCACUAAACGCAGAGGAUUUUGAGCUGGACUUAAAUUUGGUUCAGUGCGAUAUCAGGAACUUGGAAUGGAAGGGUCAAAUUGUUGAUACAGUUGUCAUGAACCCUCCAUUUGGAACCAGAAGGAAGGGGGCUGACAUGGAUUUCCUUUUUAAGGCUUUGAAGAUUGCUUCUCAAGCAGUUUAUUCAUUGCAUAAGACUUCAACAAGAGAGCACGUGAAAAAGGCAGCCCUGAGGGAUUUCAGUGCUAGGAGUGCCGAGGUUCUAUGUGAGCUUCGAUAUGAUGUGCCGCAACUAUACAAAUUCCAUAAGAAAAAGGAGGUGGAUAUUGCUGUCGACCUUUGGCGGUUUGUACCAGGUAGAAACCAAGCAAAAGAUAUUUGACAUUGCAUCGAGAUUGAAGAUAUGGAAGGGGAUUCUACUGAAACAAAAGAUGGAAGAGAAUGGAAAAUAGACCUAGGGGGCUUUGUGUGGUGUGAUUUAGAUUUGUAGGAUAGAAAAUCUGAAUUUACAGGAUCGAUUUGUAAGUUUCGGGCAGGUUGACUCCAUCAUUUAUCCUUACUAUUUCCCCAUAAACUCUGGAGCAAUUGGCAGGGUCAUAUGUAAAAGAUUCAGUGUUAAAUGCUUGUUCGGUUGGCUCA